AGGUACAAGGUUCAGUACUGUCUGAUCCUCCUCCUCCUCCUCCUCCUGAUGAGUAUCCUGGGACGAUGUAUCGUAUUCCAGGGUUUGGACGAGGAUAAGAACCCUCUCCUCUCUAAAACCAGUUUUCCCGUCCCAACAUUAGAUGAUCUUGGUCCUGGAGAAAUCCUGAUAUUGAUGAUCCGAGGAGCAAUCUGUAACUCAGAUAUACACACGCUACAAGGACGAAGGCAAGAACCUGUUCCAAGCGUCCUAGGACACGAAGGAUGCGGUUCCGUCCUGCUGUCAAGACGGGACGGAGUUAACCCUGGAGAUAGAGUAACCUUCUCCGUGACGGAUAUCUGUGGAACCUGCCUGUAUUGUGUUCAGGGACCAGAGCAGAAGUGUGUACAAGUGUAUAAGUACGGUCAUGUACAGUACGUGAAAUAUCCCCAGGGAUGUUACUCUACUCACCUACUCCUCCGAGCAGGAACUCUUGUUGUACAACUUCCUGAUAUACUUAGCUUUGAUUCAGCUGCGUCCGCAAACUGUGCUUUAGCAACUAUGGUUGCAGCUAGACGAACAGCACUAAACAUCCUGGGAGAUCGGAGUACAGAAGGGAGCUGUUUAAUCUACGGAGCUGGAAUUUUAGGAAUAUAUGGAGCGGUUCUGAUGAAAGAUUCCGGGUUUGAAGUAAGUAUAUCUGAUCCUUCUCCAGGUAGGAUUCAAACAGCAGAGAAGUAUGGAGCAAAAGGUGUAUCUGGAGAAGAAAUUGAUUCAUCUUACUUCGAUCUGAUUAUAGAAGCAUGUGGAGUGGGACGAAUAGUUGAAACUGCUCUACCUCGACUUAAACCCGGAGGAGUUCUAGUUCUUGUUGGAACUGUUACACCGGAGACUAGGUUCACUCUCUCCGGAGAGAGUCUAGUCCGUCAGUGUGGAAGUAUUGUUGGAGUACAUAACUAUAAGCAAUCUGAUCUCCAGGUUGGGGUUAGGUUCCUUGAGAGAACAUCACAGGUUUAUGACUACUCCUUCCUCUCUAGUCAACCUAUCCCUCUCUCCAGGUUCAACUCUGCAUUAGAGCUCGCCAAACAGAAUACAUAUCACAGGGUGCUUCUAGACCUCACCAAAUAGAAGACAUGUAAGUUCUCACAGAGGCUUUUGAAGGGGUUGAGAGAUAAUAAAUAGAAUAUUCCCCCCACCAAACUAAUGUAAAUAAACUCUGUUUACUAUCUUUAAUAUAUUUCUUUCAAUAAAACUUGCGUCUUUUU